CAUUGAUGUGGAGUUCUCAUUUAUAAGCUAAAAAUGUGAUUGAACAUUGCAAUUUGUUGCACCUCAAAGUUCCCGGUAACAUGGAUCAAUACUUUAGAUCCCAUGUCAUAAAUGCAUCGCCCCAUUGCAUCUACUUAACGCCUUGUAAUGACACCUAAAUCAAACUUCACACCAGCCCUAGACGAAGCACUGUUGACAUUUCAUUACACCCACAAAACCCCACCUCAUCCCUCAUAAAUUAAUCCUCUCAACCUUGAUUCGCGUGACUGCGGGAUGGGUGUGAUUUGACGCGAUGCUCUAGCUCUACUAGGUACCACCACCCAGGCCUAGAGAAGCGAGUGCCAAGUGGCAUUAAGCGGUUGUAAUCUAUCGCGCCAAAUAUUUACUUUGGAAAUCGAUCGGCAAACACCAGCCCCUCUCAGCCUACCUGCUGAGUGCUGACCUUCCCUGAUUACCGUUGCAACACACGUGUUCGGGUCUCACUUGCAUCACGUGUGAGUGUGCUGUGCUGUCGUCGGAUGCAUCAUAUUAUCAGCAGCGAUUGCAGUUCGGGCUUUCUCUCCCCACGGCUUGGCGUUCCGCAGUUCAAACACCAGCCUGAUCCGUCGGUCUAAUUAGUUUUCCACCGGAAAUGGACGUACACGGACGGUUGUUUCUGAUUUCUUCGUUCGUCGUCAGUUUCACGCUUUGCGUGGCAUCACAGCUGAUGCAGGACCUGCAGCAACAACAACAGCGGCGCCGUUCCGCGCCAGCUCUCGAGAGCCAUUUCCGGCUAGUCAGCGACGGAGCCGUGUUGGUUUUACAUUUCAUCUAUCUGGUCAGUUGCCGUGAUUCCGGACUGGUUCAACCGGUGGACUGCUUUCGGUUCAUAUUGGAAACGAUUGGACCGCAAAUGGCCAGCGUCUACGUUUACAUACAGUUUUUCGCGUCGGUGAUCGGCAAUCACUACAUGUCGCUUUGUGCGUGCGACAUCAUCGUGGAAUACGUGGACGUUUUGUUGGAGUAUCGUUAUCGCGAAGUUACGAUGAGAACAACCCACUACUGGAGACGUUGGAUCGCGUUAGGAUCCAACUUGCUCCUUACGAUAUUCAACAGCUGUAGUAUACAUUGGGCGACUCCUAGCUACGCAAUCUACAUGAAAGUCUUGUUCAUCAGCUUCUGGGCACUCAAAAUAUGGCUCAACGUUGGUUUGGUAAAGACCAACGGACAAGAAUUAGUCCUGCUUCUUCCAGCGACUAUGAUUUUGCUGGUUCUUUUGAUAGCCAUCAAAGAACUCAAAUGCUUUUCACCGGACAUCACCUCGGCGAAUCAAACCAUCUUGCUUCCCCUAUAUGAGCACCUCAUCCACAUAAAAUGCCCCGAGCUUCCGGUAAUCGUUUCCUGCUACUACGCCGGUUCCAUGAACAACUACUUUCUCGCUUUGGAACCGAGCCUGAUGGCAGCUCAACUAGAACAUCUACCUUGCGUCUUCAAGUUGUUCAACCGAGACACCAACUCUCCCGUCCUUCUACUAGCCGUCAAAUUCAUCAUCACGCUGAUUACCGUUGGAUAUCUGGAGGACGACUACGACCUACUCGGUUCCAUCUGGAACGCGCUGCUCCUAAUCGGCGCUUUCCUGUUCGACUUCGCCCUAAUGAAGAAACAUUGCGCCGACAUAAUGUGCUCCGACGGUGGUAAACUUCAAGUUACCGCAGCGGUAUCGAUGCACCUGGGGUUUCAGCUCGCGAACGUCGGUUGGAUCUACCAUCGCUUGACCGGAUUGGAGGAUAUUGUGAAAUUCCUCCUGCUUGCCAUCGUAGUGUCCAAGUUGGUUUUCAAGAUAAUCGAAAGCGGUGCCAUUAUUGAAUUUUGCAUCAACACCUUGAAGCUGGAAUGUCACAGCCGACCGAGCGAAGACUUGAACCCGCAAAUUACCGCAAAGAAAGCGCUGCUGGAGAGUCUGGUGUGACAAGGUGGAAAAAAGCGCGUGAAUGCAGUGACACCUCUACUCAUCAUCAUUCACUGUAUAAAUGAGUAGUCAAUCGUCAUCCAAUCUUGGUGCGCCAACCACGGUCAAUUCCGAAAUAAUGGAUGUUAAUGCACUCGUUAAUAAAUGGCAGAAAAUAUGUGGCAGAAUGUGCUGUAUGGUUUCAGUUCUCACUUGAAUAUUCUGUUGAAAUUAUCUUCCAUGUGAAGGGAGUUCCAUGUAUGUAAGUAUCAGGGAUGCCAUAUAUACAGGUUUAUCUGUAUUAUACAGAUUUUUGAGCAUCUGUACAGAUUGCAUUUAUAUGAAAUACAGAUUUUCCAUUUAUAUAGUAUACAGAUUUUUGG